UAUGGUUGACUAAUAACUAACAUGGAUUAGUUUUUUACACGAUGCCUGUGUGAACUAAAAGGAGAAUAGAAAACUGAGCUGCCUCUCCACAGAUCUGACUCUACCAGGAAGACAUGGCUGCUAUAAAUUGGCUUUUGGUCGUCAUGUUCCUUUGCUUUACAGCUACACAGAGCGGAGCCUCGUCUUGGACAGUAACAUUACCAUCAUCAGUUAAAGGUCUGGUUGGAUCCUGUGUGGUCAUCCCAUGCUCGUACAACUACCCAGACCCAAAGAAGACUGUCAGUCAGUUCACUGGAAUUUGGAGGGACCAGAGGAAUCAGGUUAUCUAUCACUCAGAUCCCUCUAAGACUGUGCAGGAAUACAAGACACGGACAAAGCUGGUGGGAAAAAUCACACAAAAGGACUGUUCACUGAAGAUCGAUCCUCUUCAACAAAGUGACCAAGGACCGUUUCAUUUCGAGAUUGAAAUUGGAGGUUAUGACACAUAUUCUUAUGCUACUAAGGAAGUGUCCAUAACAUUUGUUAGUGACCCAAAGCCCAGUGUCUCUGUGACAGAAGAAGUAGUGGAGGGUCAUAAUGUGACUGCCUCCUGCUCUGUGUCUCAGUCCUGUCUUUCGUCUUCUCCUAAAUUCACCUGGAGCCACAAUGGCGUGACACAUUUGGAGACACGGCAGCUUAAAGACGGGCAGUGGAACCUGACAUCCACUCUGACCUUUGUCUCCACCAGAGACGACCACAACAAGUCUUUAAAAUGCACCGUUACAUACAAAGGAGGUCUGAAGGGAGAAAAGACUUCCAGUGUCAUCAAAGUAAAAUACGCGCCUGUGAAUGUGAAGGUGGACCACACGUCAGAGGUAAAGCAGGGAGAGGAUGUGAUGCUGAAGUGCUCCAGUGAUGCUAACCCUCCUGCCAACUACCAGUGGUUUAAUGAGAACAACACUCUGCAUCAGGGACAGUCUUACCUGCUCACAAACGUCUCCAGACACACAGGCAUCCUGCUCUGUGCUGCCGUCAAUACAGUGGGACAAAGGAACUCAACCCCUGUGCAUCUGAACAUGUUAUUUCCUCCUGAGAUUAAGAACUUCUCCUGCUCCUCAGAGGGAGAUAAAGUCCAGUGUUUGUGCACCGUGGAGUCCAGUUCUCCCAUCAUGGUUCACUUUGUACUUUCUGAUCGAGUCCUGUCGAACACCAGCACUAACGUACGCGGCCUCACUACCAUUGUGACUCUGCAGGCAGAGUCUGGCUCCUCAGAGUCUGUCCGCUGUGUGGCAAACAACAAAGGGGGCCACGCCAACGUCACAAUCAUG